AUGAGCGGUCGCCAAUCCUGGAACGAAGAAGAGAUGGCGAAGGCCGUGGCUGCCGUGGUUUCUGGCAAAAUGGGCUACAAGCUCGCUGCCAGAACGUUCCAUAUACCACGCUCCACUCUACAAAGACGAGCUAGUAAAGUACGCUAUCAACAACCUGAUGAACCAAAGCCGUUAAUGGGACACUAUAGACGUGUAUUCACAGAAAGUCAAGAGAAAGAUUUAGUAGGAUAUAUUAAAAGCAUGGAAAAAUUUUUCAUGGGCGUUUCAAGAAGAGAUAUUCGGGAACUUGCAUUCCAAUACGCUGAAGACAACAAUCUUAAUCACCCAUUCGAUGUAAACACCCGUAUGGCUGGCGAAGAUUGGGUGAGGAAUUUUUUAAAACGAAAUCCUGAACUGCUUCAUAAAUCAGAAAAAGAAUACGAACUGGAGCCGGUGAACUUUGAUCAGUUUUAUCACUUCAUGUGUCAAUCGUCA